GACAGCUUUUUUUUGACAGCUGACCAUACAAAGUGGUUGUUUGUUUGUUGUUUUAUACGAUCGCAGCUUUUUGCGCAAUCAGUAACAAUUUGCUGCAAAGAAACACUACAGGCAUGGGGGACAAUCGGAGACGCGUUUUGGAUCUUUACAAACGGCUACAGUAUAUGGGCCGCGAGUAUCCGGGCGGGCCGGACAAAUUUCGACAGCGGUGCUACAACGCGUUUAAACGCCAAAGCACCGAAACCGAUCCGGAGAAGAUUGAAAAAGCGAUCGGAUUGGGCGAGUACGUUGUGAAGGAAAUAGAAGCACUUUACAGUCUGCGAAAGUAUCGGGCAAUGAAGCGAAGAUAUUACGAUGAAAAGUAAGAGUGUUGUAGGUGUAAGUUGUGUAAAAAGUGUGGCUAAAACGACAUGAGUAUAUACUUUUGAUAAGGCAAGUGAUUAUUGAUAUGACCUUGGGAGAUAGUGCUGCUGAAGGGGAUAUGUUUUUGAUGUUUUCGAUCAUUCGUAGUAAAGGUAGCAAGAAAGCCUAAGUUCCCAUUCGGAUUAUGAAGCCCUUUUUUAUAUAAAUGAUCCGAUGUACAACAGGUAGAUUUUUGUAUGAAUAAAACCUAAAACUAAAUGGUGCAUAAACACA